GGGAGGUGGGACAUGGCGGACUUCGGAUCAGCAGGCUCUUUGCUGCUUUGGACCUCAGUUGGUGCGGACUGGUAGGUGUUAUCGUUUGCGAGGAUGUUGCGCGUGGUGAGCUGGAACAUCAACGGAAUUCGGAGCCCCCUGCAGGGUGAGGUACACCGGGAAUCCAGUAAGUGUGCCGCCAAGGCCAUCGGGCGCAUUUUGGACGAGCUGAAUGCUGAUAUUAUCUGUCUCCAGGAAACCAAAGUUACCAGGGAUGUACUGACAGAGCCUUUGGCUAUCGUUGAGGGCUAUAACUCCUAUUUCAGCUUCAGCCGCAAUCGUAGUGGCUAUUCUGGUGUAGCCACCUUCUGUAAGGACUGUGCUACUCCAGUGGCGGCUGAAGAAGGUCUGAGUGGCCUGUUUGCCACUCAGAAAGGGGACGUGGGUUGCUAUGGAAAUAUGGAUGAGUUCACCCAAGAGGAACUCCGGGAUCUGGAUAGUGAGGGCCGGGCCCUCCUGACACAGCACAAGAUCCAUACAGGGCAAGGGAAGGAGAGGACCUUGACGCUAAUCAACGUGUACUGCCCUCGUGUGGACCCUGGGAAGCCUGAGCGGUUGGCCUUUAAGAUGCGCUUCUAUCGCUUGCUGCAGAUCCGAGCAGAAGCCCUCCUAGCAGCUGGCAGCCAUGUGAUCAUUCUAGGUGACCUGAACACAGCCCACCGCCCCAUUGACCACUGGGACGCAGUCAACUUGGAAAGUUUUGAAGAGGACCCAGGACGGAAAUGGAUGGAUGGCUUGCUCAAUAACCUGGACUGCCAGUCUGGCUCCCAUUUAGGGCCCUUCAUUGAUAGCUACCGCUACUUCCAACCAAAGCAGAAAAGGGCCUUCACCUGCUGGUCAGUGGUAACUGGUGCCCGCCAUCUCAACUAUGGUUCCCGACUUGACUAUGUGCUGGGUGACAGGACUCUGGUCAUAGACACUUUCCAGGCCUCCUUUCUGCUGCAUGAGGUGAUGGGCUCUGAUCACUGCCCUGUGGGUGCAGUCUUAAAUGUGUCCCCUGUGCCUGCAAAACAGUGCCCACCUCUGUGUACCCGCUUCCUCCCUGAGUUUGCAGGCACCCAGCUCAAGAUCCUUCGCUUCCUAGUUCCUCUUGAACAAGAUCCUGUUUUGGAGCAGUCAGCACUGCAACUCAGCGAUCAAACCCGGGUGCAGAAAUGCCAAAACAAAGGCUACCUACGCUCAACUAGGUCUCGGCCCAGUCAGGCUGGCUCCAGCAGAGGCCAGAAAAAUCUGAAGAGCUACUUCCAGCCUUCCUCCUGCCGUCCCAAAGCCUCUCCUCACUUAGAGUUGCCUAGCCUGCCACUCAUGGGUGCCCUUAUUACCCCAAAGACUUUGGAAGAGGAGGCAACAACCAAAGUGGCAGAGGAGCAGGCCAAGACUUCAGAAGCCAAAGAUGAGAAGGAGGUACGAACUUCCUUCUGGAAAUCUGUGCUGGGGGGUCCCAUGCCCACACCCCUCUGUGGUGGCCACAGGGAGCCAUGUGUGAUGCGUACUGUGAAGAAGCCAGGACCCAACCUGGGCCGCUGCUUCUACAUGUGUGCCAGACCUCAAGGUCCACCCAGUGACCUCUCCUCUCGCUGCAACUUUUUCCUCUGGAAAGGAUCCAGCUAAACCAAUGAGGCCUUGAGAUGUCCAGCAUGGUCACCCCUGAACAUGAUCUGAGGCCAGCUCUCCUCCUGAGCUGCCAGUGCUGCAUCCAGGGCUCUUUGUCCUCUUCCCCCUCUUUUCCUUUUUCUUCCUCUUUCUCCUCCUCCUCUAAGCCUUCUCUUCCUCUCACUUCCUGCCUAGCUCCUUGUUGGUGAAGCUUAAUUAUGCCUUAAUCUUGUGACAUACCUUCCUGUCACAAGUACAUGGGAAUCAGCUGCCUCAGGAAGUUAUGAUUUUUGAACUCUUUCUGUCCUUGAUGGGAAAUGUAUUUAUGUAUAAAGUCCUUGUCUUUGUUUCAGGGUACUACAUGCAAUGGACAUUUACUCCAUCAAGUUGAAUUAGAAAAGCUGUCUCAAUAGUUGGUUUGCCAGCUGCCUAUAGCCUGAUGAUAUAACUCCUAGGGAGAGGGGAAGAGGGAGGAGUGGUACUUACCAUAAAGGGCUCUGCUUGGCUGUAGGGGUUCUCUGCACAGCUGAGAUUAGAUCAGCAAGGGAGAUGGAUUGUUUAGUCUUUCUUUUUUGAGACAGCCUCAAGCUGUUGCCCUGGGUAGAGUGUUGUGGCGUCACAGCUCACAGCAACCUCAAACCCUUGGGCUUAAGCAAUUCUCUUGCUUCAACCUCCCAAGUAGCUGGGACUACAGGCGCCCACCACAAUGCCCAGCUGUUUUUUGGUUGUAAUUGUCACUGUUGUUUGGCAGACCUGGGCUGGAUUCGUACCUGCCAGCUCUGGUGUAUGUGGCUGGUGCCUUAGCCGCUUGAGCUACAGGCGCCGAGCCAGAUUAUUUAGCCCUAAACCACAACUUCCCAAUGAAUGUGUUCCAUAGCUGCCACAAAUGGGUUACAGGGUGGAAAGAAAUAGAGCCCUUGUCCCUCAGAAUUUCCGGGCAGAACAUGGGAUCACACAAGUCUCAGGGAACAUUGCUUCCUAGGCAAGCAAUGUCAUUAGUCCAGCUGUGCUAUGCACAUGUUUCUGUGUACUAUGACCUAGAAAGGUUGGUUCUGGAUAUGACACCUGCUAUAGCCAAGCCCUCUUUUAUCACUUUGGAAAACAGGGCUGGUGAGUCUUAUUCUAUAAGAUGCUGUGUGAAGGGGGCCAGGCACCAUGGCUCACACCUGUAAUCCCAACACUUGGGAGGCCAAGGUGGGUGGAUUGCCUGAGCUCACAGGUUUGAGAACAGCCUGAGCAAGAGUGAGACCCCAUCUCUAAAUAUAUAUAUAUAUAUAUAUAUAUAUACACACACAUAUAUAUCCGAGUGUUGUGGCGAGUGCCUGUAGUCCCAGCUCCUUGGGAGGCUGAGGCAAGAGAAUCACUUAAGCCCAAAGAGUUUGAGGUGGUUGUGAGAUGUGAUGCCACGGCACUCUACCGAGGGUGACAAAGUAACACUCUGUCUCCAAAAAAAAAAGAUGCUGUGUGCGGGAAAGAGGAUAAUGGAUUGAUGAAGAUAUCUAUUCCUCCUUCUGGAAAAUACCUCCUCAGUUUUGGGGAACCACUCCCUCUCUCCAGGCAGUUUGGUUAGGGCUAACUCUAUCUCUUGGCUUCAAGGGCUAGCCAGGGCCCCCUUGUCCAGUCUACCAGUGAGUCAUUCCCUGGGUUUUUGUUGACUCAUUAGGAAAAACCAGUUCUAACAAGUCUACCAAGUGUCCCAGCUUUUUGUGCGACUCAUGCAUAGUGUUUGGGCAUUUCCUUCUUUCUAGGUCUCAGUUUCCCUGUCAGUAAAAUGGAAUGGUCAGGCCAAAAAGUGAUCUGGUUUCCUCAUGCAUCUGCCACUUGUUGGAGGGAGUUGAGUAUGGUGCAGUUGUCUGUUCUUUGUCCAAUAAAGAGCUAAAAGUGCUGCAGUUUGCUCUUUUACUUAUAGACUUCAGUCAGCUGGAGGCACAUAACAAAGCAGAGGACAGGAGGAGGUCCAGCCCCAAGGGCAGUACAGGUGGGGUGGGGAUCCAAAGCAACUGGCUUCUCAGGCAUAAGUGGUGACAUACUGGGGCUCCAUGUUCCCAAAGUAGGUGUGCUCCCUCUUACUCAUGAGCUCAAAGUGCACAGGACAGUGACAGAAAUUGCAGGCUGCCACAGACACGUCCUGAAGGAGCAGCCCCACUUCAUUCCAGGCUACCAGCAACUUCCCUGAAGGUGUUAGGGGAAGGAGAGGAAAAGAAUUAGACUGGAUCUUCCAAAUUCCUGUGUCACAGUACAGAUGGGCCAAGAUAUUGCUACCCUCAACCCUUCAAGGUGCUUCAGAGCCAGAAGUAGCCUCCUCUCUGCUCCAGUGUGUGUCAUUAAUGUUGCCAUUUUUCUGUCGGUGGCAGGAUGUAUGAUAGAUUGGGAACCAGUCUUUUGACAUAAUUUGAAGCUGUCCUGCCCUGGACCACUCCUUAAGUAUAGGAUGUGCUGUGACUGGAGAAGUGAAUCUAUCUGGAAACUCCUAGCAUGGUAAGGAAAGAUGAUACCGACAGUAACCACACUAUUCCAUUGGUGCUAUGACCAGAAAAGUCUAGAAAGUGCCUCAGCUAUGUGCCAGGGCUCUGUCCUUGUCCUUUCCUUUGCUCAUGCCCUUCAUAAUCUCAUCUAGUCUAAUGGCUUUAAGCAGCAUCUCUAUGCUGAUGGUUCUGAAAUUUUCAUCUCCAGUCCAGACGUCUCCACUGAUUUAUAGACUUUUUAUAUCCAGUGAACUUUGCAUUUUCACCUGGAUGUCUAAUAGGCAUCUCUAACUUACCUGUACAACUGAGCUAUUCAUGUCUUUACCUUCCACCAAUCCUGCUCUACUGUCAGCUUUUCCUGUCUCAGUUGAUGGCAAUUCCAGUUGUUCAGUCCAAACAUUUCAGAGACAUACCUUAUUUUUCUUUCUCUCUUACUCCAUGUUUAAUCUAUCAGCGAAUACUGUUGGCUCAACCUUUAAGUCUGACCCCUUAUCACCACCUCCAUUGUCAUCAUCAGGUCUGAUCCAACAUUGUCUUUCACUUGGAAUGUUACAGUAGCCCUCUACUAGGUCUUCCUGCUUCCACUCUUGCUCCAUUUCAAUGUAUUCUCAAUAUGGAAAUCAGAACAAUUUAAUUAAAGCCUGAGUCAAAUAAGUCAGUCCUCUAUUCUGGUCAUUCUGAGGGCUGUGACUAAAAGCCAGAAUCCUUCCAAUGGCAUACAAUACUCUGACCCCGCAUUGCCUCUGUCUACUCAAUUUUUCAUAUCUUUUCUCUCUCCUUUUUUUAAAUUCUUUUUUUGAGACAGAGUCUCACUUUGUCACCCUUAGUAGAGUGCUGUGGUGUUAUACCUCACAUAACCUCAAACUCUUGGGCUCAAGUGAUUCUCUUGCCUCAGCCUCUUAUGUAGCUGGGACCACGGGUGCCUGCCACCACGCCUGGCUGUUUUUAGACAUGAGGUCUUGCUCUGGCUCAGGCUACUCUCAAAUCUGUAAGCCCAGGGAAUGCACCUGCCUCGGCCUCUCAGAGUGCUAGGAUUAUGGGUAUGAGCCACUGUGCCCCACCUUACUCAAUUUUUCUGUCUCCCACUUGCUUACACACCUCCACACUUGUCUAACUAUUCCUCAGUCAGACAAGGAAUACACAUGUGUCUUCUCUGCCUUAAGCUGCUCCCUCUUCCUAGGAUGUCCUUUCUUUUAGAUACCUACCCAACUAACUCCAUCACCUCCUUUAAAUCUUUGCUUAAGUAUCACCUCAAUAGUCUCUACCCUUGCCACUGUAAUACUGCAGCCCUCUAAACUAGCCCCUGGGGGCUGGGACUAGUUCCAGUCCCCUGUAUACUGCUUUGUUUUUUCCCCUAACACUGAGAUCUAAUGUAGUAUUCAUUCAUUCAGUUUGUUUAUUUUUAAAAUAUUCUUUGACUAUCCCAUUCCACUAGAAUAUAAGCUCCAGAAGAGUAGGAAUUUUGUUACUGGUUUGUUUAUUAAUAGAUCCCCAGCACCUAGAAUGGUAUACUCACACAGUAGGUACUUGGUUAGGAUUUGUUGGCAGGAAAGUACAAGUCAAUCCAGUGUAGUUGAAGAAAUAAAAUGUAUGUGGGAGGGCGGCGCCUGUGGUUCAGUGAGCAGGGCGCCAGCCCCAUAUACUGAGGGUGGUGAGUUCAAACCUGGCCCUGGCCAAACCAACAAAAAAAUAGCUGGGCAUUGUGGCAGGCGCCUAUAGUCCCAGCUACUCGGGAGGCUGAGGCAGGAGAAUCACCUAAGCCCAGGAGUUGGAGGUUGCU